AUGGACAGAGCCAGGUACGGGCCGCGGCCCCGGAGCCUCCCCGCCGCGGCCGCGGCCUCGCCCGCCCCGAGUCCCGACGCCGGCCUCGCCCCCCGGGGCGACGCGGACAGAGCCCCGCUGCACCCCGCCAGUGCUGCGCCGAGGCCUGACGCGGCUCCCACCCACCUCCCUCCCGCCUGGGCCUCCCUGUUGUUUUCUAGGAAGAGCACAUUUCAGACCUUCGGGAAAGAAGUGUGCCUCACAGGUCAUUCGCUAUGCCCCAGCAUGCAGACUAUUCUCAAAGAGUGCGUCUGCUGUGAAUGCCACAUCAAAUUUGGGGGCCACCUACCUGUGCCCAGGGCCGAGGCAGCUCUGCCCUACUGGGUCCCGCCGUCCCUGCGGCCCCGGAAGCAGAUCCCAAAGAUGGCACAGCUUUGUGUCCCCAGAGCUGUCAGGACAUGCCCCUGCCCAUGCCACAGCUUCGGGGGACGCCUCCCCGCACCUCGGGUUCAGGCUGUGAUGCCCUACUGGGUGCCCCGGGGCCUGCGGUCACGGAAUAAGGUGGUGAAGAGGCAGUGGAGUUUUAAAGGCAUGAAAGAGCGCCGUUUAUUGGAGUCCUCUCUGCACAAGCGCUGGCGGAUCUGCGGAGACAGGCGCCUCCUGCUCAAGUGGCAGCAUCUCCAGGCCCUUCACCAGGAAAAGCCACUGGCCCUGAGGAGGACAGCCAGCCCGCCCGCCCCACCCCAGCCCCUGAGUCUCAGCUUCCUGACCUUCCUGCAGGCCAUCCUGAGGGCGCUGGUGGCCAUUCGCCAGUUGUUUUGGGUUUGACGUUGGGAGCUCCAGCAAAGGUUGUCA